UGCCACCCAGUGGAGACAGUACCACAUGUGACAUUACACAGAGGUUCCAAACGGAAGUGUGUUGUACCGAAAAUGUGGCGCGAGACAUAGCCAAUGUUGUGUGUACAUACACGUUUUUUUUUAAGUAAAAACUUAAUCUAAAACAGUUCCAUCCACUGCAUUUAUUAUACAAUUUGGGAACUACGUUGUUUUAUGAGACGGGCGGCAUAGGAACCGGCGUUCAUCAAGGCAAAUAUGCCCCGUAGACGACAGGUACGAAACAUAGUGUGCAUUUGGGGAGCGGCUCUGAUGGGACUGAAGAUUCAGACUCUUCUGCAGAGCGAGAACAGACAAACAGCUCAGAGAGUGAUGGGAACAUGCCCAAGAGAACACGCCUCACAAGAGCAUCUCUGCGCCUCAGCCAAAGCUCACAAGACACACCAGAUGUGAAGCGAGUCGGCGACCAUGACGAGUCUCCGCCGUUGACGCCCACAGGCAACGCCCCAUCAUCUGAGUCUGAGCUGGACAUCUCCAGCCCCAACGCCUCCCACGACGAGAGUGUGGCCAAAGACCCCGCCCUCAGAGACUCAGACAAGGACCUCUCCCACCGGCCCAAGCGCCGCCGCUGCCAUGAGACCUACAAUUUUAACAUGAAGUGUCCCACACCGGGAUGCAACUCACUGGGACAUCUAACAGGAAAACAUGAACGCCAUUUUGCGGUUUCAGGAUGUCCUCUUUACCAUAACCUAUCUGCUGAUGAAUGCAAGGUGAAAGCAACCACUCGCGAGAAACACGAAGAAGAAUCAAAGGUGCAGGAGGAAAGCAACAGACACGCUACACGACAUCAGAUGCCCACAUCAAAACAGACGAGAUACAAAGAGCAGGUGACGGAGAUGAGAAAGGGGAGGAAUUCUGGGCUUCCCAAGGAGCAGAAGGAGAAGUACAUGGAGCAUCGACAGAGCCACGGCAACACCAGAGAACCUCUUCUGGAGAACAUCACUAGUGAAUAUGACCUGGAGCUUUUCAGAAAAGCCCAGGCACGCGCAUCUGAAGAUCUGAAAACGCCACAGGAGAAGCUGCGGAUCCAGGGACAGAUCACGGAGGGCAGCAACAUGAUCAAGACCAUCCUGUUCGGCCGCUACGAGCUGGACACGUGGUACCACUCGCCCUACCCCGAGGAGUACGCCCGCCUGGGACGUCUCUACGUCUGCGAGUUCUGCCUCAAGUACAUGAAGAGCCAGACCAUUCUGAGACGACACAUGGCUAAGUGUGUGUGGAAGCAUCCGCCCGGCGAUGAGGUCUACAGGAAGGGAGCCAUCUCUGUCUUUGAGGUGGACGGCAAGAAGAACAAGAUCUACUGCCAGAACCUGUGUCUACUUGCCAAGCUCUUCCUGGAUCACAAGACGCUAUACUACGAUGUGGAACCCUUUCUGUUCUACGUUAUGACUGAGGCAGACAACACAGGCUGCCAUCUUGUGGGAUACUUCUCUAAGGAGAAGAACUCUUUCCUCAACUACAACGUCUCCUGCAUCCUGACAAUGCCCCAGUACAUGAGGCAAGGCUUUGGGAAGAUGCUGAUUGACUUCAGCUACCUGCUGUCCAAGGUGGAGGAGAAGGUGGGCUCCCCAGAGCGGCCCCUCUCGGACCUGGGCCUCAUCAGCUACCGUAGCUACUGGAAAGAGGUGCUGCUGCGUUACAUGUACAACUUCCAGGGCAAAGAGAUCUCCAUCAAAGAGAUCAGCCAGGAGACCGCGGUGAACCCAGUGGACAUUGUCAGCACCCUGCAGUCCCUGCAGAUGCUUAAGUACUGGAAGGGAAAGCACCUCGUCUUGAAGAGACAGGACCUGAUCGAUGAGUGGAAAGCUAAGGAGACCAAAAGAGGCAGCAACAACAAAACCAUCGACCCCAGCUCGCUUAAAUGGACCCCGCCCAAAGGGACAUAGGCUAUAGGCUCACCAGUGAGCCACUUAAUAAACUUGACUUUCUUCUACCACACCUGCUGGGAUAGGAGUCCUAUCAAUACCACAGUGAUCUUUAUUCUACCACACCUGCCGGGAUAGGAGUCCUUUCAAUAUCACAGUGAUCUUUAUUCUACCACACCUGCCGGGAUAGGAGUCCCAUCAAUACCACAGUGAUCUUUAUUCUACCACACCUGCCGGGAUAGGAGUCCUUUCAAUAUCACAGUGAUCUUUAUUCUACCACACCUGCCGGGAUAGGAGUCCCAUCAAUACCACAGUGAUCUUUAUUCUACCACACCUGCCGGGAUAGGAGUCCUUUCAAUAUCACAGUGAUCUUUAUUCUACCACACCUGCCGGGAUAGGAGUCCCAUCAAUACCACAGUGAUCUAUCUUCUACCACACCUGCCGGGAUAGGAGUCCCAUCAAUACCACAGUGAUCUUCUAACCCUAAACCCACCCUGUAGCUGUCCCUUACUUGUUUUCUUUUGUGUCUGGGGGAACUCUCUUCCCUUUUUACAUUUCGACUUGUAUUUAUAUUUUAGUAAUAUGCCACCAUGUAACCAUUCAAUCAAUUCUUGGCUGAAAUAUUGUUAAACAAUGAAGGUUACAGAAUUUGAGUUGAUGACUUGUUUUAAACGAUCCACUUAAAGAUGAGCUAUGAAUGUAGGUACAUCUCGUCUGAGCUCUGACACUAGUGGAUCACAUGAGUGUUUUUGCUUCUUUGUCCACAAAAAAAUAUAUAACUGACCGGCUGCAGCAUUCCUGGCUAUUUUAUUUCAUUCAACACAGUUGCGGUUGUUUGCAGAGACAAGUACAUUUUUUUGGGGAUGGAAUAUUCAAUAAUCAUCAGCAUGAACUUUGAUACCUUAGAUAGAUAUAGCAUUUUGUUUCUUACAAGUAUGAGAUACAGUUUCGUUUUGUAUGGUAGUUCUUUUUGAGUCUAUAUCAAAAUUGUAUAGGUCAUGAAAACAAAUCUUUUUUUUUUCUAGCUUUAGUAAUAUUGGAGUUGGUCCCAUUCCUCUUGUGAAUCUGCCAAAUGAAGAAAUAAAAAAUAUAACAUACAAGUU